ACGACGAGCAAGUGGGGUUCGCGAGGCGCCGAAACGGUGAAACCUAAUGGGACGGCCACCUCGCGGCUCAUCACGACGCGACAUCGCCCUUGCCAUCUGCGAUCGGGGGGCAUCUAAGCACUAGGAGAUGCCCGCCGGCUAAGUUUGUCAUCUGUGCAGGAGCUGCAGCGGUAUAAGAAAGACGAACUCGUUCCCAAGUUCCUGCUGGCCAGUGCGAGGAAGUGGGAACACUAGGUAGGCUCGCACUCUCGAAACGGAGCGCACUGCAGAGGCUGCUGCUGCCAUGGCAACCAGCUCCGAUCAAGUUCCUGCCGCUGAAAGGAAGCUGGAGGGGAAGGUGGCGCUGAUCACCGGCGGGGCGAGCGGCAUCGGGGAGUGCACGGCGCGGCUCUUCGUGAGGCACGGCGCGCGCGUCGUGGUGGCCGACAUCCAGGACGAGCGCGGCGGCCGCCUCUGCGCGGAGCUGGGCGCCGGCGCCGCCAGCUACGUGCACUGCGACGUCACCGUCGAGGCCGACGUCGCGGCGGCCGUGGACCACGCCGUGGCGCGCUUCGGCGGGCUGGACGUCAUGUUCAACAACGCCGGCAUCGGCGGCGCGGCGUGCCACAGCAUCCGGGAGAGCACCAAGGAGGACUUCGAGCGCGUGCUGUCCGUCAACCUCGUGGGUCCCUUCCUCGGCACCAAGCACGCCGCGCGGGUCAUGGUGCCCGCGGGCCGCGGCGGGUGCAUCAUCGGGACGUCCAGCCUGGCGUCGGCGGUCGCCGGCGCCGCGUCGCACGCGUACACAUGCGCCAAGCGCGCGCUGGUGGCGCUGACGGAGAACGCGGCGGCGGAGCUGGGCAGGCACGGGAUCCGGGUCAACUGCGUCUCGCCCGCCGCGGCGGCCACGCCGCUGGCCACGGGGUACGUGGGCCUGGAGGGGGAGGCGUUCGAGCAGGCCAUGGAGGCAGUGGCAAACCUCAAGGGCGUGCGCCUGCGCGUGGCGGACAUCGCCGCCGCCGUGCUCUACCUCGCCAGCGACGACGCACGGUACAUCAGUGGGCACAACCUGCUCCUCGACGGUGGCUUCUCCAUCGUCAACCCGUCGUUCGGGAUCUUCAAAGACUGAGCUUGACAGAUCAAUGCGUGGCUAGUCGUUGUGGUACCACCUUUUUUUUUCCCUCUGUGAUUGCUUGGCAGAGAAGAGAGGCCGCUAGCAAUGUGAUUGCUCUGUGUUCUGAGUGCUUCAUGAAGAAUAAGUUUGGCAGAAAUUGUUAGCAAUUUGUCACAGAGAUUCAUCAACCUGCAAAACAAGCACCAAACUCAA